GAACAGCUCAAAAAUAGCUAUGAGGAAGUUCCUAGGUUCCUUUGACUGGCAUGUCCUACUAAGCCCCUCCUCAAACUCCUGCGAGGAUAUGUGGAAUAUAUUCUGCAAGAUAAUACACACAGGCUUGGACAUUCUAAUGCCCCUCAAAAAGACAAAAAUCUGCAGUGCUGAUGCACCAUGGAUGACUCAAAAACUGAAGUCAUUGAUUCUGAAAAGACAAAAGGCCUUUAACACCCAGGGUAGCGAAUCAGCGUCCUUUAAAUACUACCGGAAUCUCGUCAACAGGGUUAGGAAAAGAUGUAGAUCUGAUUAUUAUGAAUCAAAGAUUCAACACCUUAAGGGAGAACAACCUAAACAAUGGUGGGCUGAGGUUAAACGCCUAAGUGGAAUGAAAGCCCAAACCAGUGAUCUAGUAAACCAAAUUGACAUCGAUGGCUUCUCCGAACUGUCACCCAAAGUACAAGCAGACCUAAUAAAUGCUGCAUUCUUGGAUCCUCUCGACGAGUAUAAACUUACCAGUCCCUUGGAAUACCAUCAUCUCGAAGGGUCGCCUGAAAUACUUACAGUGAGUGUAGAACGUGUCCAGAAGGCAUUAAACGCAUUAAAUGUACACAAAGCGUGUGGCCCAGAUGGGAUUCCAAACUGGUUAUUGAAAGACUUUUCUGAUAUAGUUGGUCAACCAAUAACCUUAAUAAUCAAUGCAUCUUACAAAGAACAACAACUCCCAAAAUGUGGAAAAGUGCUAAUGUUAUACCGCUCCCAAAAGCCAAACCAGUUCAAGACCUUACCAAACAAUUAA